UCUCUUCUAUUACCGAAACGGUGUCGUUUCUUACUGCAAGGCUUUGAUCGGAGUUCUCUAGCUUUCUCUGCUUCAGUCUCCGGCUAGCGAUGGCGGUCUCAGCUUUCCGUGGCGCGCGGUUACCCUUUCUUCACCAAUCUCAGCUUCCCGUCGCGAGGGGAAGUUCUAAGAAGAUGAUCGGAGGAAGAAAGUCGAACGCUUUCGUUAUCUCGGCGCAGUAUUCGCAGACGCAGGACCUUUUUACUUCUCGUCUUCAAAGCCGGAUUGAGAACUUGCCGAAGCUGGUUGAGGAUAUAGUUCAGACUUCGAUUAACACAGGUCCACGUGGUGCGUUGCGCCUUGUCCAAGGGGUCCAGGCCUUUGUUGGGGUUGGAGGAGAGUGGCUAACUGAUAUCUCUAAGUUAACAAGAGUGUCUGGUGGAUUACCAACUGAAAUGCAGCUUGGUCUACUCUCUCCUCUGUAUUUGAGGAAGCUCUUUGAACGCAUGGGAGCUACUUACAUUAAGCUGGGCCAGUUUAUAGCAUCUGCGCCGACUUUGUUCCCACCAGAAUACGUGGAAGAGUUUCAGAACUGCUUCGACAAAGCUCCUCCAGUACCGUUUGAAGAGAUUCGUAAAAUUUUGCAAGAGGAACUUGGGAGACCCAUAGAAAGCGUGUACGAAUAUGUUGACCCUACACCGCUUGCAUCAGCCUCAAUAGCACAAGUCCAUGGUGCAAGGCUUCGAGGCUCCCAAGAGGAUGUAGUGAUUAAGGUCUUGAAGCCUGGAAUAGAAGAUUUCUUGGUGGCGGAUCUGAACUUCAUCUACGUUGUUGCCCGUAUAUUUGAGUUCCUUAGUCCUGAGUUCAGCCGUACUUCACUGGUUGGUAUUGUCAAGGACAUUCGUGAGUCAAUGCUUGAAGAAGUAGAUUUCAACAAAGAGGCUCAGAACAUUGAAUCAUUUAAAAGAUAUCUUGAAUCCAUGGGGUUGUCAGGACAAGCCACUGCUCCAAGACUGUAUAAGCACUGCAGCAGCCGGCGGGUGCUUACAAUGGAGAGGCUAUAUGGAGUUCCUCUUACCGAUCUAGAUUCUAUUAGAUCGCUUGUUUCCAGUCCUGAAAACAGCCUUAUUACUGCUCUUAAUGUGUGGUUCGGAAGUUUACUUUCUUGUGAAAGUUUCCAUGCUGAUGUACAUGCAGGGAACUUAUGGCUGUUGCGUGAUGGCCGGAUUGGGUUUCUUGAUUUUGGCAUUGUUGGUCGGAUAUCACCCAAAACAUGGGAUGCUAUGGAAGUAUUUUUAGCGUCCAUUGCAACUGAAGAAUAUGAAUCCAUGGCCUCAGCUUUGAUUCAAAUGGGAGCCACAAAUAGAGAUGUUGAUGCCAAAGCUUUUGCAAGAGACCUGGAGAAGAUGUUCUCUUCUAUCCAGGAACUAGAUACAGAGAUAGUAGUGGCUACAGCUCGCGGACCAAACUCAGACAGAACUGCUGUUGCUGCUAACGUAGUUGUGGACGAGAGACAGAUGAAUGCUCUUUUCCUCGACCUGGUGAGGCUUAGCGAAUCAUAUGGGCUGAAGUUCCCGAGAGAGUUUGCACUUCUAAUGAAGCAGCUUCUGUAUUUCGAUCGGUACACAAGACUAUUAGCUCCAAACCUGAACAUGCUGCAGGAUCAGCGAAUCUCUGUCGUGUCCAACAGGAGGAUGAAUCGAUACAAGGACAGCUUCAACUAAGUUCAUAUACUCCACUUACUAGUGGUAAAGUCAAUAGUAGAUUGAUAAAAACCAGGAACGAUGAUGAAUUCAGUAUUGUUACAAACAUAUAACAAAUGCUACAUGACUAUAUAUACAACAGAUAUCUUUUGUGUAUAA